UGUAAUAUAUUUAUCACCACUACGCAAAGAGUUUAUUUCAGAAAUGUAAGCCAUCUCCAAAUCAGAUUUGUUUAAAACAAUCCAAGUAAAAUUGUUAAUAUCAGGUAUAAAAUGUGCUUCAAAAUGUUCAUUAAGAAAAAAUUCUUUAUUUUCUUUGUUACAAGCGCGUAAUCAUCUUUCUCUUUUAUAAUUAAAAAAUUAUGUGGAUAUUGAUGCCUUCAUCAUUAAAUGUAACAACAAUAACAUUCUGUUUAAUAAUGUUUUCAUAAUAUUUUAAGUGGCAGUAAAUUUGUAAUUCUGUAUUUUGUAUUAGGUAAAAUAGUAUUAGAUAAUACUAAUUACAGUCUUCGCAAUAAUCAAUGUGUUUAAGUCAAAGAAGACGGAUUAGGGCAAUGUGAGCCAGUACCAGGUAUUAGAUUUCGGUAUUAGAUAAAAGUAUUAGAUAAAACGUGUAUGAGAUUUGAUAUGUUAUCAAUAUCCUCUCUGACAUCAAACUUGUGCGAACACGUCGCGCUACUGUUACUUGUCACAUCAUUCCAACUCAUUGCACCAGUGUGCACUAGUUCAUGAGUGCAGCAAUAAAAAACAGACCCCUAGUGUUGCGUUCUACAGUAACGAUUUUGAACUCGUAUUUCUGAGCUCGCGCGACAAAACGAAUGCUGGUGAUCAACAGUAAUGAAAUAACUGCGCAAGUCACAUUAAGCCGCGCUCACGUAACUGCUUAUCGCACUAUCUGUGAGGAUGUGACCAACAUUGCUCCAUAAUAAUUUAAUUGCUCCUCAGGUAGCACGUGAAACUGAGUUACAAGGGAGAGAUUGAAGAAGACAACUGGAAGAAACUUUAUAAAUUGACAACGGAUAACACGAGAGAUUCUGUCGAAGAUGGGCUGCUUGAUUUGCUGUACAACCGCGUUGAUAAUAUCCCUCAGCCUCCUCUACGCAUACGCCAAGUACAGGCUGUCCUACUGGAGUAGACGCGGGGUGAAAAGCCCGCCUACGCAUGUGCUCUUUGGCAAUUUCAAGGACUGCAUCACCCUGAAGAAGUCGCCGUCUGAUGUGAUGCGCGAGAUCUACAACAGCGUCGACCCGGACGAGCCCUACGUCGGCUUCUACAUCUUCCACAAGCCCAUGCUGUUGAUGCGAGACCGCGAGCUGAUCAAGCAGAUGAUGAUCAAGGACUUCGACGUCUUCCCGAACCGGCGAUUCGGUUCGGGCAGCGAGAGGGACUCGGUGGGCCUCGACAGUAUCCUGUCCAUGAAGCAGCCCAGAUGGAGAUACGUGAGGACCAAGCUGACCCCGGUCCUGACCGGGCAGAAACUGAAGGCCAUGAUACCACUGAUGCUGGAGUGCGGGAAGUUCAUGACAGAUUUCAUCGAGAAACUGCCGGUGGACGAGACCGGUCGCAGCAAGUGGGAAGUGAAGGAUAUCGGCGGCCGUUACUCCACCAACGUACUGGCCUCACUCGCGUUCGGCGUCAAUAUAAAUUCGUUCGACGAAAAGGAGACUGCCUUCUGGAAAAACGGCACAACGAUCUUCAAUGGUUUUAUGCGCGGCAUCGUAUUCAUUAUUCUCUUCUUCAUUCCCGACUGGGACUUCUUAGUCGCGCCAAUCAUUAAAAAACCGGCGAAUUAUCUUCGCAAGAUUUUCUGGGAGUCUAUGAACGCUAGAGAAAAGCUGGAGUUAGAAAGAGGAGACAUGAUAGAUUCCAUGCUGGCGUUAAAAAAUGGAGAACAAAAUCCCCUUUACAAGUUCGAGGAUGACAAUUUACUGGCACAUCCCACCAGUUUUUACAUCGCCGGAUUCGAAGCGUCCGCGACCGCGCUCGCCUUUACUCUGUACAAUCUGGCGCGUCAUCCGGAACACCAGGACACUUUGUACAACGCGAUACAGACAGAGCUGUCAGGAAAAGAAUUUACCGAGGAUCUGAUCAAUAAGUUACCUUUUUUGGACAGUGUUAUAACUGAAUCGCUGCGAUUACACCCUCCUCUACCCGUCAUUGAUAGAAUAGCCACGAGGAAUUACGAGUUGCCAGACACUGGAUUAACAAUUGAGAAAGGUGUUUCAGUGUAUAUCUCUAUAAAUGCGUUCAAUCAGGACCCCAAAUACUUUUCCGAUCCGCAAAACUUUAUUCCGUUGAGAGCAAAGAUGGAAGACAAAAAGUUUUACGAAAAUUUAGCAUUCGGUAUCGGGCCACGUUCAUGCAUAGGGCAGAGAUUGGCCAUGUUAAUUGAAAAAAUAGCGUUAAUUGCUAUUGUCUCCAAUUACACCAUGUCUCUCCUCCCUCGCGAAGAAAAUACUUUAAACAACAGCGCUAUCCACGUAUUCACAUAUGUGGUCGAUGGUCUGCACGUGCGAUUUGAGAAACGCAAUUAGGUCCCAACUUAAAAUUAGUAGCUAAAGAUAUCAAGUGUCAUCUAAUUUAGUACUUACAAAAGUAAAAUAAAGAAGAUAACGAAAAACACGCAACGUUAGCACAAGGUCGUAUAUUUACAAAUUGUAUAACAGAAUAUAUCUCUUUAAAUAGUGUAAUACCUUAUAUUCGCGGAAAUUAAUUUAUCAUUACGCAGAUGUAUUUUAUACGAAUGAAAGAUGUACGAUUUUUAUACUCAGGUAACUAUGCAUUAUAUAAAAUAACCGUCGGUGAUGAAUUUUAACAGUAGGUCAUGUAUUUAUACUCGUCCGUUAUGUAUUCUCUCCUAAGAGAUGUACUUAAUUAUAUGCUUGAUUGAAGGUCGCGAUUCCCCGUUUGCACAAUUUUAUGCAAAAAAUAUCGCGGAAAAAUUAAAUUAGAUUAUAUUAGAUUACAUCGCAUACUAAUACACUCUCAGAAGAGAAAUAUCUUUAAUGUACUCUUGCGCACAUAUUAUGUACUAUACCGCUACAUAUAUCGUUUUGCGAGGGCAACAGUCUUGUACUGUUAACGUUUAAUAGAGAGAGAUAGAUCCCA